AUGUGCUACCGUUCUAUCACCGAUAAGGAAACGCCAUUGCAUGUCGCGUGCAAGAAUGGUCACAUAAAAACGAUAAAGCUUCUCAAACAGGCUGGAGCUGUUAUCAGUCACAAAGACAACAAAUGUGUAACGCUUAAAAUUAUUAUAACUCCGCUGCACGUUGCGUGUCUGCAGGAGGACACUGGCAUCGCUGAACUUCUCUUUAAAAACGGUGCAAAUGUUGAUGCCAGAGACGGCAACCAGGAAACUCCACUACAUUACGCAUGCCGUUACAAUCAUAUUAACAAUGUCAACCUUCUGAUCCGACAUGGAGCUUAUAUUAAUUUCCCAAACAACCACGGGAUUACUCCACUGCACUAUGCAUGUUUUUAUGGACACAUAGCUGUAAUAAAGAUUCUUGUGAGGAAUAAAGCAAAUAUAAAUGCUGUAACUCACAAUCAGCAAAGUGUAUUGGACGUAGCAUCUUUUUACGGUCAUAAGGAAAUUUAUGAUUUUCUAAAAGAAUUGGGUGCUACUCUCAACGCUACCGGCUUUCAACAGGGAAUUCACAUCUCGGAAGUUCGAGAAGCGAUUCAAAACUCAAAUUCAAAUUGUACAGAAACAAUUCAUCCAGUGGUCAGAACCGAUUCACUAUCACUGUCGACAACCAAAGAAAAAGAAUAUAGUCGUUUAAGAGACCAAAUUAGAGAACAUAAGUAUUCAGAAGUUGCAGUGAAAGAAGACGAGUAUGCAGAAGUGGUGGUAAAGAAAAAUAAUCAUUCAGACCUCGGACACGAAGAAAAUAAGCAUAUAGAAGAAGAACUGAAAGAAAAUAAAUAUUUAGAGCCGAAAGGAGAGGAAAAUGAGUAUUCAACAAUAGGAGUAAAUAAACAUGAGUAUUCAAAACUGGGGAUGAAAGAAAAUGAGUCUUCAGGAGUAGAAGUAAAAGAAGAUAAUAGUUCAGAGCAAAGAACCGAAGAAAAUAAGCAUUUGGAACUUGGACUCAAAGAAAAUGCACAUUCAGAAUUAAAAAUUAAAGAAAAUGAAUAUUCAGAGUUGGAAGUGAAGGAAAAUGAGUAUUCAGAAUCAGAAAAAGAUAAAGGUGAACACUCAGAACUAGGAGUAAAAAAAGAUGAGUGUUCAGAACAAGGACUAGAAGAAAAUAAGCAUUUAGAAUUGGAAGUGAAAGGAAGUGAACAUUCAGAACUAAAGCUUGAAGAAAAUGAGUACUCAGAAGUGGAAGAGGAAGAAGACGAGUAUUCAGAAUUAGGAGAAUCAAAAGGUAUGCGUUUAUAA